AUGAAGUCUACUAAACACAAGUUCAAGAUGGGUGGUAAGCGGCAGAGUGGACCCUCUUCAGCCAAGCCUGGUCCCACAACGCCUUCUACGAAUGCUCAAGUUAUGGAUGAAUCUUCUAAGGCUAAUAUUAUUGGAUCGUCUACCACUUCAGCCUCUACUAUUUGGGUCUCACCCCUUAGCUCAACCGACCUCAACUCUAACUCAAAUGCUCUUCAUGCCAACAACGGAGCAUAUUGUUCAACAACGCCUUCAAAGUCCUCACGGAUCUCUAUGGUGGUUGGUGAUCUAUCGGUAUGCGGUGUAGUACGACCUGUUCUCUACGAUACCGGCGCUGACGUCUCCCUUAUCGCAGUUGGGACUCUACGAAAGAUCACUAGCAAACAGCUACGUUUUGGUGACCCAUCUACUCAAGGGCGGGUAAAUGUUGCUAAUGGCUCAAGCCUCUCUAUUCUAGGAAAGGUUGAGCUAGAGGUCGGCUAUGGGAAUACCUUUACAAAAGAUACCUUCCUACUCGCCUCUGAUGAGUUGAGUACUCCUGUUAUUAUUGGAUGCUCUACUAUGGCUAAGCUACGUACCACUAUAUCUAUAUCGCCUGAUGGUAUCAUUGUUCGAUUGGGAGAACGACCUACUCAAGUUUCUACAGUUGACGGUACUGAACCCCGUCUAUCACUGC